GGAAACUCCUCCUCGGCGCAGCCGGGGCCCCUGGAAACCCCGCCCCUGGCUCGCGGCGGGGUCCCGCGGCGCCGCCGCUCUCGCGAGGUUUGGGCGCGCAGAGCAUUGCGGCUCGGAGCGGCGCCAUUUUGGGAGCGCGGCGAGCGGCAAUUUGGAUUACAAAGAGAGUUCUGGAUGUUUGGAGCCUUUUGCUUCAGCUGAUAGGGGGAAAGGUGAAAACUGACCUGCAGCAGUUGCUUCAUUUGAAAGGGGAGAAAAAUAUCAGACACUGACCUGGAAUUGUUUGUCCAAGUACUUCCUCCUGCAAACGCUUCUGAACCAAUCAAUACACAUCUAAGAAGUGAAUUGAAAGUUCGAAGACUUGAGCUUUCUCAAGAAAAGAAGUGCAGAGCAGCUUGCCCUUGGACACUUUUGUCCACAUGACAUGGAUACGUGGCUAAAUUUAUCAAGUUCUGAAUACUUCUGCUGUCAGAAUAAAGUGCUUUUUUGUUUUUAGUUACUCUUCUUUUCCAAGCCAAGUUCUGUUUGAGUCAUAGGCAUAACCAGUUUUGUUAACUGGCUCCAGGUCAAAAGCAGCCUGAGUCACUGGAUAGACAUUGUUGAAAAGUUUCAUGGCAGAUAUUUUUACUCUUAUUUUAUUUUUUAGAUUUUCUGACAUAGCCUUUUUUCAUCUUGCAAUGAAACCUAUUUUCUAAAUGAAGAGUCUAAUAAAAAAUUGUUUAUCAUUUUUUCUUUUAUAUUUUAUUUAAUAUUUUUGUUGAAAAAUGUUGUUGCCAAUAAGCAAUAUGGUGGUAUCUAGAUAGCUGUUGUUUACAGAUGCCUCUAUUAUCUGAAGCUAGGAAAUGUUCCUCAGUUCAGAUGUGAAAUUUGGAUUUUCAGCUUUACUGUUUGUGGCAUAAAAAGUAUAUUUAUUUCACCUGGAGCUGAUGCUUCAUAUAGUGAUAUGUACAUGGAAUAAAGAAGAGAAAAAGCUGUGAGGAAAAAAAAAAAAAAAAGCUUAAGUCAGAGACUUGGCAAAUUUUGGAAAUAGCUUUGCGGAAUCUAAGCAGAAAGGAUGGGUAGCUGAUUCUGUGAGGUGAAAUCUAUGUCAAACAGCUACGAAUGUAGUAUCAGCAAGAACUUGGGAUAUUAUCUCAAGGAAAACAAACUGGAAAAGUAUAAAUCACAGAGAACUAACACCUUGUGCAGUCCUCUUGGAUUAGGUUUGCUUUCAGCUGAAUUGCUACUUCCUCAAAGAAAAUUAAGAUGGACAGAACAACUUAAUUCAAAAACUGUGAGUACCUUGGUCUGAAGAUCUGUUUUUUGUGCCAAUCUUCCAAUACCGAUAUCUGCCUCAUCCUUUCUAAAGAUUUAGUGAUUCUUCAACUAGGAGAUGCGAGCUGUGUAUGAAGGAAGGGGAGUUAUGCAGAGGGACUUGCCAUGAGGUGCUGAAGCCUUGUUUCACUGAUUCGGAGAGACUGGACCUAAAUGGCGCAGCAUGACUUUGCUCCAGCCUGGCUUAAUUUUCCUACUCCGCCAUCAUCAACAAAGUCAUCACUGAACUUUGAGAAACAUUCUGAAAAUUUCUCGUGGACAGAGAGUCGUUAUGAAGCAAAUCGUAGAAGACACAACUCUUCAGAUGGGUUUGAUCCUAAUAUUGGAAGGCAUAAUGGAGGGCAUUUUGGGAGAAAAGAGAAAAAUGGUUGGCGUUCACAAGGCAGAAAUGGUACAGAAAAUAUAAACCAUCGUGGGGGAUAUCAUGGCGGAGGCUCCCGCACUCGUACCAGCACUUUCCACUGUGGAAAAAGCCAAGGACUGCAUGAAAAUAAUGUACCUGAAAAUGAAACUGGGAAAAAGGAAGACAAGGAAGAACCCAAACAGUUUGAGGCUGAGGAUUUUCCAUCACUGAAUCCUGAAUAUGAGAGAGAACCAAACCAGAAUAAAUCUUUAGCUGCAGGUGUGUGGGAGUAUCCUUUGAAUCCUAAGUCUAGAUCUCCAAGAAUGCUGGUCAUUAAGAAGGGCAGUACUAAAGAAUUGCAGAUAUCUGGAUUCCCUGUAGUAGGAAGUCUUCAUUCACAGUCAGUCAAGAAUGGAACCGGCACAAGUGUUUAUAAAGGAUUAGUCCCUAAACCAGCCACUCCACCUGCAAAACCGACACAGUGGAAAAGCCAAACAAAAGAAAAUAAACUUGGGAAUCCAUUUCCUCAUGAAUCUGCAUAUAGUAUUGGCAACUUCAGUGCUUUCAAAUCAACUGCCAAGGCAUUUAGUGUAUCACAGAAUUCAGUGAAAGAGUGUAAUCGGUCAAAUUCUUCAUCCCCUGUUGACAAAGUUGGUCAGCCUCGUUUAACAAAAUUGACAAGAAUGCGAACUGAUAAGAAGAGUGAAUUUUUGAAAGCAUUGAAACGAGAUAGAGUGGAAGAGGAACAUGAAGAUGAGAAUCAUGCUGGGCAAGAGAAGGAUGAUGACUCCUUUAACUUGCACAACAGCAACAGUCCUCAUCAUGAGAGAGAUAUAAACCGAAACUUUGAAAAUGAAAUUCCACAAGAGAAUGGAAAUGAUUCAAUUACUUCUCAACAGAUCAUUCGAUCUUCAACUUUCCCUCAGGCGGAUGUUCUUUCAAGCUCACUUGAGGCAGAACAUAGGUUGCUAAAGGAGAUGGGCUGGCAGGAAGACAGUGAAAAUGAUGAAACAUGCGCUCCACUAACAGAGGAUGAGAUGAGGGAAUUCAAAGUCAUUAGUGAACAGUUGCAAAAAAAUGGCCUUCGGAAAAAUGGCAUUUUGAAAAAUGGCCUCAUCUGUGACUUUAAAUUUAGCCCCUGGAAAAACAGCACUUUCAAACCUGCUCUGGAGAAUGAGGAUUCUGAGACAAGCAGCAGCGAUACAUCAGAUGAUGAUGAUGUGUGAAGAUUUCUCUAACAUCUGUAGAAGCUCGUUUUGAUCUCACGAAAAUUUGGGGGUAUAUUGUCCAAAAAAAAUCUAAUUUAUGUAGUAACAUACCCCAUUAGAGAACGAAUGAUGGACUUCUCUCUGAAGAAAGCGAGGAAUGUUGUGUUGGGUGUGUUGAACAUUACUAUAAUUUCUUUGUAAACGAAUGUUGUAGAAUGAGGACUUGGGUUGACCCAGCAUUGACUUUCUUCAUCACUGCAGCAUUUCUGACUAGCAAUGUGACAAUGUAACAAAUCAGACUUUCUCAUUUAAUAAUAAAAACAAAAAGAAUUGUGUAA